AUGAGUUUCCAUAAAGAGGACGGUGUGAGCUUGUGCCAGAAAGCGCUGCAGAUCGUGUCGGAGCUAUGCCUGGGGGGCCAGGUGGAAUGGGAUAAGUGCACUGGAAUCUUCCCCUCCACCAACCAUGGAGCAGGCAGCACAGAUAUAUCUGUCAGCCUCCUUGCCGUGGUGGUCAGUUUCUGUGGGUUGGCACUCUUGGUGGUCUCUCUCUUCGUCUUCUGGAAGCUGUGCUGGCCCUGUUGGCGUAGUAAACCGCUCACUUGCACCGCACAGGUUGCUCCUCCCUGUAUCCCCAGCGCCCCACCAGAGAUGGUGGAAACUAAUGAGAAGAAGGAAAUUAAGCAGAAUGGCAAGCAUUCGGUGAAGAUGCAAGAGGGGGCAAUGAAAAUCAGUCACACUUCACCUGAUAUUCCUGCUGAGGUCCAAAAUGCCUUGAAAGAACAUUUGAUGAAACAUGCACGAAUGCAACGUCAAAUCACUGAGCCAACAUCCUCUUCAAGACACAAUUCCUUCCGGAGACACUUGCCACGACAGAUGCAGGUAUCCAGUGUGGACUUCAGUAUGGGAGUGGAACCAUUACAAAGAGGUGAGACCACCACCAGCAUUGGCCGAAUCAAACCGGAACUCUACAAACAAAAAUCUUUUGACUCAGACGACAACAAGAAGGAGGAUGCUAAAACAUGCGGCCCAAACUCAACUUCACCUUACAGUAUGACUAUGAGAAUGAACUUCUUCUUGUGAAAAUCGUGAAAGCCUUGGAAUUGCCAGCCAAGGACUUGUGUGGUACAUCAGACCCCUACGUGAAAAUCUAUCUUCUCCCAGACAGGAAGAAGAAGUUUCAGACGAGGGUUCACAGGAAAACACUAAACCCCAUCUUUGAUGAGACUUUCCAGUUUCCCGUGGCCUAUGACCAGCUGAGCAACAGGAAACUGCAUUUCAGCGUUUAUGAUUUUGAC